AUGGGGGUUGUUUUUGUCUUGUUUCACAAACUUGAUUCUCUUAUUAGCUUUACUCUACCUGAAGAACAGUCCUCUCCAAUCUCUUGCUGUGUCGAACAUUUACUGUAUAGUCUGCAAUCCUUAUCUGCCAGUCUUUCAUCUAACAUAUACACAGCACCAGCGUAUAGCGCGAUCCAGUAUGAGACCCGUACGUUUUUCUCUGACUUUGGGAGAAUGCCUUCAGAAUAUCAGGGUUGGCCGGAUGAUCACCAAGAUGCUCGAUGGGAAGAACUGUACUCGAAGGGUCGAACGAUCCAAAUCAGCCCUAAAGAAAACAGUAUGCUUUACAACCAGUCGAUACAUGUCCCCAUCGUUGGGCUGGAAGAUAAAUAUAUGAUUGGCCUAGAUGUUUUUCACCAAUUACAUUGUUUGGAUACUAUACGCAAAUCGUUUUAUCCAAGAAGAUACAACAUUACCCUUCUCAGGUCAGAUGGGACGGUUAACUACGUCCCAUGGCUUCAUGUCGAUCACUGCAUUGAGUCGAUCAGGCAGUCGUUAAUGUGCAAUGCAGAUGUGACGCCUAUGCACUACGAGUGGAGCGACGAAAUCAAGUCUGUAGUACCAAAGAUAACAGUAACCCAUGUUUGUCGUAACUUUGAUAAAGUUAAGCAGUGGGCCGCAAAUCGAUGGGUUGAUUGGAAGUGGUCAGACAAUCGGAAGGUUGUAGAGAACGGUGAAGUGAAAGAUUAUUCGAGUUGGAAGGUCAUGACAAAGGAACAUCCCCUCCCUAAAGACUGGGCUGAGAACGACCGUUCCAAUGAAUUUGUUCAAUAA